UAGAGGAGAGUCCUUGGUGAAAGGCAUUAGUGGUUUAAUUGUGUUGCAAUUCUGUUUUUUUACCCUUCCGUAUUUUUCGCAAGUGGUUAUGAUGUAAUAGCUAUAUAACUUUGUGUACUGAAACAGAAUGGUGUGUGGAAUGAAUAGAAACUUCUUCUCUCUCUUUUUUUUUCUUUUCUCUCUCUAAGGAGUACACACUCACUCAAAGAGUGCUUUCUGGUAUACAAUUUGUGCAGCAGGUUGUAUCACUGGUGCUUUCAUCAUGAACCCUUCUGAGCUUAUGAACGCCCUUCAAUCCAAAAUGGACGCCCAAUCGGCUGAGUUACGUGAUCUUCUGAAAUCAUCACUUGCCUUACAUUCUGACACCAUUCAUUCCACUCUCCAUAGUCAUUUACUGGAGGUUGAUGCCAAGGUUGCUAACCUCCGUUCCACGUAUCAACAUCCACCGCACGGGUCUCCGGAAACGGCAUCACGUUCGCUUAAACUCAGUGUUCCUCGUUUCGAUGGUUCUAAUCCAAUCGAUUGGCUAUUUCAGAUCACAGCUUUUUUUGAUUUUCACCAGACACCAGAAAACGCACGUCUUCAGAUCGUGUCAUUUCACAUGGAAGGUCGCGCCGCCGCAUGGUUCCAGUGGGCGAUGCGCAACCACUUGCUUCCGUCGUGGACCGUCUUCAUGGAAGCUGUUCGCAACCGCUUUGGCCCAACUCCAUACGAAGACGUAGAAGGUGAUUUAUCUAAACUCUCUCAAAUCGGUUCAGUAGCGGAUUUUCAGGCCCAAUUUGAAGAUCUCAUGAACAAAGUUACUGGUAUUUCUGAAUCCUUACUUAUCAGUUUCUUUAUUACUGGUUUGCGACGAAAUCUCCGCCGGGAAUUGCAAUUCCACCGACCCUCAACACUUAUGGAAGCUUUUGCUAUGGCAAGGGCUUAUGAAGCCCGUUUGGAUGACACUCCAACCCAGGGAAAAUUUUGGUCCAAAGGCCCAGCUCACAAUACAAACCCAAACAUAUCAUCUAUUGCAACUUCUACGACCAAUCCCCAAAACACUCCCUUCGCCCAUAAUACUUCUCCCACCCUUAAACCGAAUACCCUACCCCCAUUACUACCCACACCUAAAACCAAUGUUGCUGUCCGUCACAUACCUCCGGCGGAACUCCGGGAUCGCCGUGCCAAGGGGUUAUGUUUCCGAUGCGAUGAAAAAUGGAAUCCAUCCCAUCGUUGCAGUAGCAAGGUUCUCAUCCUCUUAGGUGAUGAAGACGAGGAACCAGACCUAGAACCUGAGGACCACCCGCCGGAUGAAAUUUCAGGUGACAUCUCUAGCUUACACGCGUUAUCUAGUCAAUUACAGAAUCGUUCGCUGCGCGUUACAGGGGUGUAUCAGCACCACAAUUUUCCGAUUCUUAUUGACAGCGGAAGUACCCACAAUUUCAUUAAACCAACACUGGCAGAGCGUUUGGGUCUAGCUGUGACUCCGUGUUCUCGUUUCCGGGUGGCAACCGGAUGUGGCACCUUCUUGGUUUGUACCUUGUGCUGUAAGAAUGCUCCAAUUACCUUACAAGGUAUUACCUUUUCCGUUGAUCUGUUUGUCUUAGCAAUUGAGGGCCCGGAGGUUGUGUUGGGUUUUCCGUGGCUUCAAUCAUUGGGAAAGGUCUCCCAUGAUUAUUCUGCUCUCACCAUGGAGUUUUGUUGGAAAGGUACUCCGGUCACCUUGGUGGGAGACUCCUCCUUGGCACCACACUCUGUUUCCUUGCAUCAACUCCAAGCCCUUGUACACAGUGAUGAUAUUGCGGGUAUUUUCACUAUCACAAAGUCCCUCCCGGAGUCACAUAAAGAACCUGACUCCACCCAUUCCUUUCCCAAACACCUCACCUCACCAUUUCGCGACCUUUUACAGAGUUACAAUCACAUCUUCACCACCCCUAUGGGCCUCCCUCCCUGUCGUUCCGUCGAUCACCGCAUUCAUUUGAUUGAAGGAACAAAACCUGUAAAUGUGCGACCAUACCGUUACCCACAAUUUCAGAAAACAGAAAUGGAGAAAUUAAUCCGCGAAAUGCUUGAUCAAGGGAUCAUCAUUCCCAGCCAUAGUCCUUUCUCCUCGCCUGUAUUGUUGGUCCGAAAGAAAGACGGCUCUUGGAGGUUUUGUGUCGAUUAUCGUGCUUUGAAUGCAGCGACGGUUAAGGAUAAAUUUCCUAUCCCCACCAUCGAUGAACUUUUGGACGAGCUUGGUGGGGCAACUGUGUUUAGCAAACUGGACCUUCGCGCAGGGUAUCAUCAGAUUCGAGUGCAUUCUCGCGACACGUACAAAACGGCAUUUCGCACACAUGAGGGCCACUUUGAGUUUUUGGUCAUGCCUUUCGGCCUUACUAACGCGCCUUCAACUUUUCAGGCGACCAUGAAUCAACUGUUUUCUCCGUUCCUCCGGAGGUUUGUGAUUGUUUUUUUUGACGACAUUUUAGUGUACAGUUCUUCUAUUAAGGACCACUUAAAUCACCUGGAUUUGGUUUUACAGUGCCUGUUAACUAAUUCAUUUUUUGUCAAGCUGUCCAAAUGUUUGUUUUGUCAGGAAUCCAUUGAUUAUUUGGGCCACAUAGUGUCUUCCAAGGGUGUUCAUGCUGAUCCCACCAAGUUGGAUGCCAUGAUGAAAUGGCCGCCGCCUUCCAAUGUUAAACAACUUCGGGGAUUCUUAGGCUUGACUGGUUAUUACCGCCGUUUUAUUGCAAAUUAUGCCACGAUUGCAGCACCGUUGACAGAUCUCUUACGCCAUGAUUCUUUUAGCUGGACUACAGCCGCCACUGCUGCAUUCUCUGCUCUUAAACAGGCUAUGAUGGCAGCUCCAGUUCUCCGAUUACCAGAUUUCUCUAAAGAGUUUGUCAUAGAGACUGAUGCUUCUAACUUCGGUAUUGGGGCUGUCCUAAUGCAAGAUGGUCAUCCCAUUGCUUUUUUUUAGUAAGAAACUUGGCCCAAAAUUACAGGCUGCAUCUGUGUACAUAAAAGAACUGCAUGCCAUCACCGACGCAGUCCUCAAAUGGAGACAAUAUCUUUUGGGUCAUUUUUUUAUCAUUCGGACUGAUCAUAAAAGCAUCCGG